AUGUCUGCUCGGCGUAAGAAAGCCGUCGACUUCCUCGCCGAAGCUCGAGCCCGUGGACAGAACGUCCCGGAGGAAGUGGGUGAUCUGAUCCGCUCCGCUCUGGCUCCGAGCACGCGGCGCACCUAUAGUUCGGGGGAGAAGCUGUUCCGAGACGUCAUCCUGGGUUCGAGGGUCCGCCUCGACAAGAUGUAUCCCGUGUCAGCCGAGUCGGUGCUCACAUUCGUCUAUAUUCUCAACAAGGUGGGAUAUGCCUACUCUACCAUAAAAACUUACACGGCAGCUCUAAAAACACGGAACAUCGAGGUCGGACACAUUUUCUCACAAAUCGAAGUUGAACACAUCCGAAGGGCACUUAUAGCCGUCCGGAAGGAGAACUCUGGUGCUAGUGUCGAGCCCACUGCCAAGCUUCCAGUCACGAUCAGCCAAACACGUCAGGCUCUCAAAGCGUGCGUGAAAGAAAAGAAGAGAUCAGGCAUUGCUCUUCUGGUAUGCAUCUUCGGGCUGCUGAGAUGCAGAGAGUGUCUAGGACUGAGGUGCAAUGACAUAACGUUCAACACCAUAGACGACAUGGAUGUCGUGUCACUCUACAUCAAUCGCAGCAAAUGUGAUCGCUUUGGCGAAGGAGCUCUCGUCCGGAUAGGGUGUGCGGUCCGCAGCACUGCUCGGCCAUGUAAGGAGCCCCUGUGCGCUGUACAUCAGUUGUACGCUUUCAUGUGCGAUGGCUUCGCCGCCAACACGAUGGAGCGGACCAGCCUUCUGUUCAACAACUUAUCGUACUCCACUUUCCGACGACAUGUGCAAGAAGUCUUUAGGUCCUCUGAACGACCCCAAUCGUCCGUGGCUACCCACUCCUUACGCCGCAGCGGUGCCCAGUGGAUGUGGUUCGCCGGCAUAAGCACCUUCAACAUAGCGCAAUAUGGCAGAUGGUCAGUACAGAGCGUCCUAGAGAGGACAUAUCUGAAGGGAGUAACUAAGGCGAGUGAGCAUCAGUAUGCAUCAUCCAUGAUGCGAGGUUCCUAUCAUCCUUAG